AACAUGGCAGAGGCUGUGCUCAGUCUUCCCUUCACUAACUUGGAAUGGUUUCAAAUGGCAAGCAUCCUCCUUUAACCCGAAUAACCAUUCAUCAGCAAACACAUCGGAUCGAUGUUACCCUAACCCGAGAGGCUGCCCUGUCACAAAAUACAGGCGUAAAGAUGCAGUGGACGCCGGAGCAUGCGCAGUGGGCGGAGCAGCACUUUGACAUCACCUCCACCACCCGCUCGCCGGCUCACAAGGCUGAGGCCUACCGGGGACACCUGCAGCGCACCUAUCAGUAUUCUUGGGCCAACGAUGACAUCUCAGCGCUGACUGCCUCCAACCUCUUGAAGAAGUAUGCCGAGAAGUAUUCGGGGAUCUUGGAGGGCCCCAACGAGAGGGCCCUCUUGAGUUCCUACUCGGAGGGGGGCCCACCGCUGCUCAACGGCAGGAAAUCGGAGAGUGAACCCUGGCAAGAGGGAGUCUACCCCAUGAACUGCGUCGCAGACGUGAUAUCCGCAAGCAAGGCUGGGGUGACGGCUGCCCUGCCCCCAGCAGACGUCUCUGCCAGCAUCGGCAGCUCGCCGGGGGUGGCCAGCAACCUGACGGAGCCCAGUUACUCCAGCAGCAGCUGUGGAAGUCACACAGUUGCGGGCCUUCACUCCGUACUCCCCUCUCAGGAAUAUGCCCCGGGGUACAAUGGCUCCUACCUGCAUUCCAGUUAUAGCGGGCAGUCUGCCUCAGCCCUGCCAUCGCCUCACCCCUCACCUUUGCACAGCGCUGGGCUUCUGCAGCCACCACCGCCACCCCCACCUCCCCCCCCGGCUCUCGUGCCGGGCUACAACACUGGCUCGCCAAACAUCUCCAGCUACAAUUACCCUCCGGCAGGGUAUCCUCCACAGACUGCUGUUGCCCCGGGUUACGGCCCCGGGGGAGCGCCGCCUCCCUCUGCCUACUUGCCGUCAGGUAUAGCCGCUCCUACGCCCUUGCCUCCCUCAACCCUCCCCGGCUACUCCUACCAGUCACACAGUCUUGCGCCAAUCGCGCCGACACCACUGAACAGUAGUUCGGCUAAUUCCCUGAAGCGGAAGGCUUUCUAUAUGACAGGGCAAGGAGAGAUAGACUCCAGUUAUGGAAAUUUCAGCUACAGCCAACAGCGAUCAACUCAGAGCCCCAUGUACCAGAUGGGGGACAACAGCGUUUCAAGCACAGGCCGGGGGAAUGGAUUUGACAGAAGUGCUGAGGCGUCAUCUUUGGCGUUUAAGCCGACAAAGCAACUGUUGCCCUCGGAUCAGCAGAGAAAGUUCGGCAGUCAGUCCGGCAGGGCACUAACCCCCCCAUCCUAUCCUUCAACAAAAAGCUCCCUGGGCAGCUCGCGGUCGGGUGAGCCGUUCGGCAAGUUCACGUCCCCCGUCAUGGGCGAGCACGGCGACGAGCACCGGCAGCACCUCUCCCAUCCGGUGCUGGGGUCUGCCGUCGGCACAGCUACCUCAUCUACCCAUCCCGCAGAGGAGCAGCUGAAGGGCAGCGACCCACACCUCGUGGAGCUGGUCACCACGGAGAUUAUUCAGCAGGGCCCCCCAGUAGACUGGAGCGACAUAGCUGGACUGGAGUUGGCCAAAGCCACGAUAAAAGAAGAGGUCUUGUGGCCUAUGUUGAGGCCGGAUGUGUUCAGUGGACUCACCGCAUUACCUCGUACCAUUCUUUUGUUUGGACCUCAGGGAACAGGCCGAAUGCUACUGGGUCGGUGCAUAGCCAGCCAGCUGGGGGCGGUGUUCCUGCAGCUCAGUGGUUCUGCCCUGGUGACCAAGUGGGUGGGUGAAGGAGACAAGAUUAUCCACGCCUCCUUCCUGGUGGCACGGUGCCGGCAGCCUGCCGUGGUAUUCAUCAGCGAGAUCGACAUGCUGCUGUCCGCCCAGCUCGGCGAGGAGAGCCCAGUGAGCAGGAUCAAGGGCGAGCUCCUCAUGCAGCUGGACGGCAUCCUGGCCUCAGCCGAGGACCACGUGGUAGUCGUGUGCUCCACGAGUAAGCCCGAGGAGAUUGACGAGUCUUUGCGGAGGUACUUCAUGAAGCGGAUCCUCAUCCCGCUGCCCGACAGCACGGCAAGGCACCAGAUAAUCAGCCAGCUGCUUUCGCAGCACAACUACUGCCUCAACGACAAGGAAUUGGCGCUGCUCGUCCAGCGAACAGAGGGUUUCUCGGGGCUGGACGUGGCCCGCCUGUGUCAGGAGGCAGUGGUGGGACCUCUGCACGCUGUGCCGGGUGCGGACCUUUCAGCCAUCCUUCCCGGCCAGUUGCGGCCAGUCACCUACCAGGACUUCGAGAACGUUUUUUGUAAAAUUCAGCCCAGUAUAUCACAGAAAGAACUUGACACAUACAUUAAGUGGAACAAAAUGUUUGGCUGUAGUCAAUGAAAAGAGAGAACCGGAGAUCGAGAGGGAGCGACCCAGUUGGCCUGUGAGCUUGUUAGAGGAAGAGUACCACUGGAAGGGUUCUCCUUUCAGUGUCGCAGCUUGAAGGUCGAGGGGGUAUACAGACAACAGUGAUCUUAGCACCUAAACUGUCAGAAGGGACUUAAAAUAAGUGUGCUUUAACUGAGAGCUGGCAAUCUGCAAGUAACACACGCACGCACGUACACACGCACGCACGCACGCACGCUCACACAGAAAUCUUAUUUUGAUGCUUGAUACUGCUGAGGUCGGGCAUCUCAUUCAAAGGUGCAAGUGGGUUGACUUCAAGAGGAUGGAAACCCAGUGUGUAUAUAUCAUUCUGCUCUUCUUGAGAUUUAGUUGCUAUCAAGUGCCUGAAGUGGUGCUUUUUGAUUUGGUUGUUGUUUAUUGUUUGUUUGCCUCACAAUCUACAUUGGUGGCAUGUGCUAAUAUAAAAAAAAGAGCUUUAACUCCAAACACUAAAUUUAGAGAUUCUCUGUUGUUUUUUAGGAGACAGUCUGAUUGUUAUUGUUAUUAUUUUGCCAUUUUAAGAGCAACAGUAUUCCUCAGUUGUCUGUUCUGCAGUGUCAUCUGGGAACAGGAUGAAAUGCUCACAUGUCGGGUGAUGGAGAUCUGGGCCCUUAAGUUAUCGACUUUCAUUUCUUUUGAUGUUCUGACUGCGAAAACUCAGGAAAGCGAUUGUGAUUUGUACAGUACCUCAAAAGAUUGUGUCGAAAGCACUAUGUACUGCUGAAAGUAUUAGGUUAGGCAUCUUAUUUACGUUACUGGGGGGUGGGCGGGGGGGGAUGUUGGGUGGAGAAAAAUUUGCGGGCUUACCUCAACACGUUUUAAAAACUGGCAAGAAGAUGAAUGACUAUGAAUGUACCAGAAGCAUUCUGGAGUGAUGGUGCAAAGUUUAGUUUUUGCGAGUAUUAAAGGUGAAGAUUUUAUCAAUAUAGUUUUAUUUGUCAUGCGGCAAGGAUCGACGUGUAAAUUUCGAAGUUUAAAUUAUGUAUUAGUACUUAAUACAACUCUUCCGAGCAGCCUUCAGCCACUGUACAAAGAACAAUUGUACACUUUAAAGAGAAGCACACAAAUUGUGAAGAUGGGGUAAAGCGACCCCUCCGCACACGACGAAACCACAACGGUAAUUGUCUAAUGGCCAAUCACAUAGCUAGCUUUCCGCGUUCCUUUUUUUUUAUUGAGGACCUCGACGACAUAAGGGAGGCAAAUCAACAACCUAAUCAGGCUGCUCUUGCACCAGAAGCCAAGUAUUCAAGGGUUACAAAGGAUAAAGAGCUGCCAGAAAGGAUUUAAUAGCCGUAAAGUGAACGAUAUCCCAUUUUGCUGGUGCCGUUAGUCACAUGUAUAGCGAUGCCUGAGGUUCUUCUAUACCCUGCUUUCAGUUCUACCUCAGUUUAAUUACACUCCGAAAGCAGAACGCGUGAGGGUGGUUUUCCAGUGCGGCGUCUUGCAGAGUCCAUUACGGAAAUAAAAAAUUUUAAUAAAACUUCAGUAAUGCCAGUAAAAAAAAAAAAAAAAAAAGUCAGUCAGUUACGGGCUACACACAGUCCUUAUCCACCACUCCUAGUCACCUUUACAUCAGAUUUUUCCCCAAACACGGGAAUGGGAAGCUCACUUUCGGAAUAUUGCUCUGUUUAACUGCUUGCCCUUUUUUUGUAUAAUUUUAAACUUUCUUGCAGCUCUUUUCAUGAUAGCUAUUAUUGUCUGAUAAACGUCCAGCUGGAAGCGCAGAGGACAGUCAGUCUCGUAACUGCAUGCAAAAAUUAAGCCUUGCGUUUGAAUGUAUACUUGUUUUAAUUUUCAUUUAUUUACUAGUUUUUUUUUUGAGGCAGUAUAAAAACUGUUGUUAAGCACUAAUAUAGUGGUAGAGUAGUACCACUAAAUUACCACUGUAUGUUUGUAGAGCAGUAUAUAACGGGUACACCGGGCAGGAGGGGGUGGGGGGGUCAAGUUUACACGUUUCCCCUCGCCGCUCUUAAGGUUGUAUCUUUUCCCGUAGCUCGCCGCUUCCUCAUUGGCGUUGAGUUGUGACGUCUUGACUUGACACAGGGUGGUUAGAGCAAAGGACACAACAACUGGCACAGAGACACGAAUAGAUUGAAAGGUUCUGGUCCUUUGUGGAACGAAUACCAGUCUAGGUCCUGCAGUGAUAUUCUGCCUGAGGUCACUGUAACGCAGCAGGCAAUUCAACAAAGCCAGCUCUGCUGUGACUUUACCAUUUCUGUCCACUUUCUCAAUUAAUGAACACUCUUAUUUUGCAUUUACUCUUUGUUCCAUUGUUGCAAAGCUUUCCUAGCACAGCACUUGAGCUGCAUAUUGACCUUCUGAUAUAUUGCAAUGAUUUUUUUAAACACUGAUAUCGUUAAAUAUUGCAACAUCUCGUUGCCAUUUGAGUUGAGCGUCUUCAUCCUGUGAAAGUUCUUGGUGUUCUACUGGAGCUCAAACCCCGCCCCCAAAACUGCUGUGAAAUCCUCAAAUGGUUCUUCACUCACAGAUUUGCUUAAAUAAUUACGGACAAUGACACCAAAGAAAAACCAGUGAAAUCAUGCCAAUAUGCAAUGAUUUAAAAUAAAAAAAGGAAAUUAAAGCGCGGCUGUGUUAUUGUUAUGAAUAUUAUUGCAGCUACUUUCAUCAUUUUUGUUAUCUUGGUUUUCUGUAGUCAUCAAUCGCUGGCUUAUGUGAUACUAAAUCGCUCAUUGUUAUAAAUGGCGGAAACAAAUCAAAAUGUACUGUUGAAAGGCGAAUCAAGGGUUUGGAUUUAUUUUCAGUUGGUCAGGAUUGUUCUAAAAUGGCUUUUCUUGAUUUUGUUAACCAAGUUUUUUUGUGUUUUUUUUUUGGUGGGGGGGGGGGGGGUCAUUCAUGCUGUGUUAAAAAUCUGUAGAUGUUUACCAGUUCCAUUACUUCAGUAAGUUGUCAUGAAAUGGGAGGAAAAAACACAGUGAAGAUCUCUAUGGAGCAUCACGGUAGUUUACAAAGAGGCUG